CAGAUCUUGAGGCUUUAGCUCAGUUGGCACCUUUGCACGCGGCAUGGGGCUGCCAUUUGGGCUAUCCUGGGUGCUGAAGGUGCUCGCGCAUAGCUUGAGUCAGGUACCAGACCAGCACAGAGGCUGAGGCCAAGACCAUUCAACCAUGACGGAUGAUAUGAAAGAGGCGCGCGAGCGCGCUCGAAAGAGGGCAGCUGAGCGCGAGCACAACGCUUACAUGAUGGAUCGAUACGCCGAGCUUGACCGGAUCAAGAAGGAGGCUGAAGACAAGAAAAAGAAGGAGCAGGCCGAGAAAGAGGCGGCCUUGAAGCGAAAAGUUGCAGAAAAAUUGGCCCAAGAGGCACGGCCUCACAAGCUCUUUGUGGCUGGUGAUGCCAAGGGCAAUUUAGAGAAACUGUUCUCCACAGUAGAGGCCCAAGCAGCCAAAGUUGGUGGUAUCGAGGCACUCUUGUGCGUCGGCCGCUUGCUGCCGGACCAGCUUGAAGGAACAGGAGCGCCUUACUUCCUAGGGGAGAAGAAGCCUCCAUUGGAGACCUUUUUCAUCGACAGCAGCCCUGCUUUGCUACAGGCAGCCCCCAUGGGCUGUACACUCUGUGAGCAUUUGCACUUCUUGGGCGGCUACGGGGUGAGAACGAUCUGCGGCCUACGAGUUGCUUUCCUCUCGGGCCACUACGAUGCUGCAAAGUACGAGACCCCCGACGUGGACUUUGUGGGUGGAGCCUUCACUGCUCGUGCGGUGAAGAGGCUGAGGUGCCUGGUGGCUGAGGACAAGUGGAGACGUGGCGUGGAUGUGCUACUUACUACUGCCUGGCCAUCUGGACUGGAUCAGAAGCUGGAGGAGCAAGCGAAGCCCAGCCAAGUGGCAGAAACGCGCCCAUGGCAGGAGGUGGCUGCAGCUCCCUUGGCAGAGCUGUGUUGCGCCAUUGAGCCACGUUACCACCUCUUCGGGACCGCUGACCUGUUUUACCAACGGCCACCCUUCAAGGCUCCUCGCAGAGAACAUGCCUGCAGGUGCAUAGGUCUCGCCCAUGUGGCUUCCAAGCGGAAGUGGCUACACGCGCUGUCGCUCAGCCCAAUGGAUGCAAUGAAAAAGGAGGACCUCCGACAGCUUCCCGCAGGCACGACGCCGUGUCCAUUCCCCAGACGUGAACUGCAGGCAUCCAAAGACCAGGUCAAAGAACCAAAGGCUCUAUCCAAGGAUGCAGCCCUGGGAGAGUUAGCUUUGGAGGCGUUGAAGAAACACGACUUUGCCACAUGGCAUCAGUACUCGGAGCGCUUGAAGGAGAGUGUGGUGUGGCUUGGCAAUGCCAACGCAGACUUCUUUCCAUCGGCAAAAAAGGCUCGCACGGAGACAGAGCCUGAGAGGCGGGAUGAGGCUACUGCCAGUCCCACUGCGCAGUCACCGGUCUCCAGAGAGGAGGAGGAUGAAGAGGAGGAGACACAAGAGGACAUUGCGACGAAGCAACAAGCGCAGGAGAACCUCAGCAAGCCGCCCAAGAAAGGCAUCGUCCGCUACACUUUUCGCGACGAGGGCCUCCUGGGCAUCCGUUUGUCACGGGAUGUGCCACCAUGGAUCCUCGAGGUGCGUGAUGGGACCUUGGCGGCAAGGAAGGCUCCCAAGGUGCCAGUGGGCGGAGUUGUGACAGCCAUCAACGGAUACGACCUCUCUGUGAAAGAGAACCCCAGAGCUCUCAGAGCGCUCGCCAGACGUCCAGUGGUAUUGGAUAUCGAUUGGCCCAUGGACGUCCCGAUGCCUUCUGUGAGUUCAGCGUAGCCGACACCCAGUCACUAGCUUUUGCUUGAUUGAAAGAGUUUUCCAGAACAGUAAAUGAGUGUGGUUCGUGGCUUACCUGG